GUCUCAGGUAAAACGGACUACUGAUUCUACAUCACCUCAAAAAGCGAGAAAAUCCAACUAAACCCGUUCUUACUGGGAAACCACUGACAUCGCCCGCUAAUUCAGCCGCUUAUAUUUGUUCUUCCAUAUAAAGUGGACAGAUCGGAUUUACUGUACCAACUAGAAAGUCCAGUUAAACAGACCGAGAUGACACAGGAGCAGAGCAACAGAAGGGCGGUGCUGGUGAUGCAGAACGACCUGGGCUAUGGCCAGCGGCGGGCCUACACCGACGAGGACGAGGCCUGGAGGUCCUUCCUGGAGAACCCCCUGACGGCCGCCACCAAGGCCAUGAUGAGCGUCAACGGGGACGACGACAGCGCCGCCGCCCUCAGCCUGCUCUACGACUACUACAAGGUUCCGCGGGAAAAGAGGCCACCUAUGACCAAAAAUGAUUCUCUGGGCGGCGAUGCCACUGCAAACAAACGGAACCACAUGGUUCCAUUUCAGGAGGUCGCCAUGGCGAUGACAGACAGCAGGCUGCAGGUCCUCAGGACCGUCCCCUUCAGCAUGGUCGUCCCCGGAGACCAGCAGUGCCGGGACAAGCGGGACCCGUUCCCGCUGCCGGACACCACCGUCACCGUCUCCGUCGCCGCCGCCGCCACCGCGCCCGCCUACCCGACCAAGACGGAGGCGGCCCCGCACGGCUUCCCCGGGGCCCACUGCUCCCGGGCCGACGUCCACGGCCUGCCCGUCGACGGGCAGCUCAAGCACAGGCACUUCAGCCCCGGCGCGCAGUCCCACGCCCCGGACUCCACCUUCCCCGAGCCCUUCAAAGACGGCUCCCAGGAGGUGCUCCCUUUCCCAGGCGAUCUCCAGUUACACGUGGGAUCUGCCGUCAGUGCAAAUGGCAACUCGCCGUUCCACACGGUCUCAUGUCAUAAUUUUGAAUACACGCUGGAGGCUCUCAAGUCACUGCGGCAGAAGUCUGCGGGGGACCCACUGACAUACCUCAAUAAGGGCCAGUUCUACCCCAUCAAUCUCAAGGAACUCAGCAAUGGAAAAACUCUCCCCAACUCCAUCAGUAAAGCACGGAGCGUGGUGAUGCUGGUGUUUGGUGAGGAGAAGAGCAGAGACGAGCAGCUCAAACACUGGAAGUACUGGCAUUCCAGGCAGCACACGGCCAAGCAGCGCUGUAUCGACAUCGCUGACUACAAAGGUAGCUUUGACACCAUCACCAACAUGGAGGAGAUCGCCUACAACGCAAUAUCCUUCACUUGGGACACCAACGAGGAGCCGCGGAUCUACGUCUCGGUGAACUGCCUGAGCACGGACUUCUCCUCUCAGAAGGGUGUGAAGGGGCUGCCCCUGAGCCUGCAGAUUGACACGUACAGCUACAGCAGCGGCAGCAGCCAGCCCGUCCAUCGCGCCUGCUGCCAGAUCAAGGUCUUCUGUGACAAGGGUGCCGAGCGCAAGGUCCGCGACGAGGAGAGGAAGCAGACCCGCAGGAAGGGGAAGUGCGUGGGCACGUCCAUCAACCUGGGGACCUUUCCAGAUGGGAGGGGGCAGAUGCUGCACAAGACCGUUGAUGUCACGACCUUCAAAGAAUUGAGCGACUUUGACUCUCAGCCUGUCCUUUUUGUUCCGGACUACAUCUCUGGCAUCCACCAUCAUCAGCCAUACUUGGCACAGGACGGCGAUGAUGGCUCGGACAUGAAGAGACUGCUCUUCGCUGCUGAAGACGAGUUUGGGUCCCCUCCUAGCAAAGUGCCCCGGGCAGACAAGCCCAGGAAAGUUCUGCUGUACGUGCGGAAGGAGACAGAUGAAGUGUUUGAUGCGCUGAUGUUGAACACCCCCACGCUGGCUGGCCUGAUUGAGGCGGUAUCUGACAAAUACAAGGUGCCACCUGAGAAAUUUGGGAAAGUCUACAAGAGGUCCAAAAAAGGGAUUCUCGUUAACAUGGAUGACAACAUCAUACAGCACUACUCGAAUGAGGACACCUUCCAGAUACACAUGGAAGAGCAGGACGGAGUUUACAAGCUGACCCUCACAGAGAUCUGAACGGAGUCCCGCGGGGGGGGCGGCCUGGGGACAGUAGAUGCACGUUGGAAGAAUGGCGGUGAGGACCGAAGUGCGUCUCUGGCUUUUUCUGGUGCGCAGUGACGCCACCUACAAGAUGGGAGCUAGGCAUUCUAUGAACUCAUUUUUUUUUUGGAUGUAUGCGUGUGCAUGUCCUUGUGCGUGAAAGGCCUGUUCCUGCGAUAUGAAAGCAUUAUAUCUGCAGGUUACUACUGUAUGUCUCAUGGUGCAUAUGCUGCAGUUAAGUACACUCAGGUUGGUUUUACUUCAAAUGUAGCAUACUAAAUGUACCAACCUAUGAACUGUGAGGGAGAAGUUCAUUAUAACUGUGGAUUAGAAGCUUAAUGCUUUAGGGUUUGAGCAAUGUUUCUGUCAGAUUUCUGUCCCUCUCCUCAUGUUUCCCCAAACAUAGAGGUCCCUAGCACUGAAUUCAAUGGCCAAAAGUGUAAGUACAUUAUAUUGUUAUUUGUGAUAUAACUAGGAGCACCAGUUUAUCUAGAGCAUGUGCUCCAAAAUGCUUUCAUUCAUUUCACCUGCAUUACCAUCUAAAUCCCCUUGGGGUCACUGUAGGUCUUGGAUUGUACCAGUCACCUGGCUAAUUAUGCAAUUAGAGAUCAAUUGUGACCCUUUGAAUUUGAUGGUUGAUGUGACAGGAAGGAAUAUGACACGAAUAGAAUGUCCAUAGAAAUAUUCUUUGAGUGACUGGAUAAAACCGAUUGCUGAGGAGGGGCCAUUUGAUAAUUGACUGUUAAGAAGGCUCUGUCGGCCUCUAGGUGAGGGAUGACUGAAUUACAAGUGAGAAACCUGCCAUAGAUAAACUGGUGUAAGGAAUGACACGAAUGUCCCUGAAAUGCUGUUUUGAAAUUCGCUACCCUGAAGUAUUUAGUAUGUAGAUACCUGCCCUUUGGUUGGCUUAUGUUUUUUCUUUGUAUUGUCUUUUCAUGUACAAGAGAGUGAGUGACAGUAGGCAUUAGUGCCUAUUUUUUUAAAUAAAGGGAUAAUUUAUGUGAUAACUGUGAAACCUGCCUGAGGAUGCUCAGAUAACAGGUGUUAGAAUAGAUCAGUGCUUGGCCAUUUACAGGGUAAAAUGCUAUAUGUUCUUUACCUUUAUAGCUGUAUGUAAAUAUAUGGAAAGAUUUUUCAUUGUUUAAACACAAGUUAAUUUGCAAUACUUUCAUGAUUUCUUAUUUUCAUUCAGGCUAAGAACAUCUAAUGCUCAUACCAAGCCCAGAAUCCAUUUCUCAGCCUCUCUUCAAAUGAAGAUUGCUACUCAUUUAUCACAAAAGCUUUGUGGACCAUGUAUAGACACACAUAUUUGGCUAAAUUAUGGGCCUGAUCAUCUGUUUGCCUCACUGGAUAAAGUUUGAAUGCAUGCUACAGCACACUGUAUACAGAUAGCCACACUGUCAGAUAAUUUAAGUAAGAAGGACUGCACUCAGUCACUACUAAUAUUUUAAUAAAUAUCAAUGUUGUCAUAAAAGAGAUUGCUUAAAUGAUCCAGGAAUGGCACGUGUAUCAUACUUCCUUUGAAGGCUCAUACUCCGAACAAAAAAAAAGCUUUGUUGCAGGGAGCAGAAAUUCCCACGGGCAAAGAAUUUCACAUGCUGUCAUUAGAGCAUGAUAUAACAAGGAAAGAAGCUGAGGCUUCUCCGCUGUGAAACUAGUGCCUUACUUUCCAAUGUAUACCUAUCAAGCUCUAAGGUAACUAGCUUACUGUACUGCAUAGCAACUAAACUGUAUGCUAUCAUACUGUGCUGUUAGGUAUAAGCAUAUUCACUUUUAGAUUAUCAGCAAAAUUACCUACCCUUCAAUAUUUAUAAGAAGUGGAUCAUGCACAUAUUUAUAGUAUAUUAAUGAAUAUAGAUAUAUUAAUAGUUUACUCAAAGUUUUGUAAGGAUCAGAGGGAAACGAGUUAUAUUUAAAAAUAGAGUCAUAUAUUUACAAUUGUGUUAAACAUGUUGUUUUUAAUGUUUGACCUGUACAUGAAAAAGCUGGUGACUGGUUACAAAGAUAUUUGUGUCAAAGUAUUAAAUUCCACAUUAAAAUCAAAAUCUUAAUUUAACUGGUCAGGGUAUGGGAUUUCUAACGAUAUAAAUGUUAUUAACAAACAUGCUUAUUGUUAUGCUUUCAAAAUGUAUCUGAAAUUGUAUGGAUUUUCUUAAUGAGGGACUUUUUCAAGACCAGGUUUGAGUGCUUUUUUGUCAAAUUUUAUACAUUUAACAAGUGCCAUAUGCAAAAGAGAAUUGUAUCAAAUAAAACCUAGAUUUGGAAUUUG